CGUACAUUGAAUGAUAAAUGCAGUGUAUAUUUUGCAUAUGACGUAUUAGUUGAUUUUUCUGUGCAUACGAUUUAUACAGCCAUGCAUUCUACGUGAAUAAACCUUCAUGCAUUAUAUCUCAUUCUUCUAUUUGACAUAACGUUUCCUACAAAGAGCCUGUUAGAGGGAGAAUCUGUUUUUUUCACACCCAUCGUGAAUCGGAGCACUUUUAUAAUAAGCACAUAUGAUCUCAUCUGAUUCGGUUUUCCUUCAUUUAAUUCUAGAAAUAUACCACUCGACAUGGAGCUUUUGGUCUUAUCGGAUCGUUGAAAGUAAACUUGGAUACUGUGGCACCAAUGUAAUGUAUGAAAUUAAUCCCGCAGUGAUGAUAGUGGUUGUACGUUUCAUCGCGGGUAAUCGUAGGUGACAGCGAGUUCACGCGGGCAAAUUCAGCUUCUUCUCGCGUCAUAUUCAUGACUCUUGAAUCUUCGUAAAAACGAAACGAGAAUGGGUGUUGGCCUUAAACCGUUGGAAUUUACGGAUUGUUUAACCGACAGUCCGUACUUCCGUGAAAAUCUGCAUUAUCACGAACGUGAAUUGGAGAAGACCAGUCAGCAGAUUAAACGGCUCGUUAAAGAGGUCAAAGAUUUACUAUUGGCUGCAAAAAAUUUGUCCAGAGCACAGAGAGCCUUUUCCAAAACAUUACAAAACUUUAGCUUUGAGUGUAUCGGUGAGAGCCAAACUGAGGAUGAAACUCACAUAUCUCAAAGUCUGAAAGAAUUUGGUAAACUUAUCGCAUCUAUAGAGGAUGAAAGGGAUCGCAUGUUGGAACGAGCAUAUGAUCAAAUUAUACUACCCUUGGAAAAUUUUAGAAAGGAACAUAUUGGAGGAGUUAAGGAUGGUAAAAAGAAAUUUGAGAAACAAACAAUUAAAUUUUGUCAAAGUCAAGAACGUUACUUGAAUUUAUCUACUAAGAAACAAGACAAUGUAUUGCAAGAGGCUGAUGCGACAUUGGAGAUGGCUGAAAGACACUUUUCUCAAGCUAGCUUAGAAUAUGUAUUUUUAUUGCAAGAGGUUCAAGAGCGGAAAAAGUUUGAGUUUGUCGAAACGUUAUUGGGAUUCAUGUUUGGAUGGCUGACAUUCUAUCAUCAAGGUCACGAGGUUGCGAAAGACUUUAAACCUUAUAUGACAGAGCUACAAUUAAAAAUUCAGAAGACUAGAGAGAAUUUCCUUGCUACCCGGGAUAAAACUGAAUCACUCAUGAAUAAAAUGAAGGACAUGAAAAAGUCCGCAGUAGAAAGUGGUCUCAACAAAUUACACUCCCGCGAAGGCUAUCUAUUCUUAAUGGAGAAAAAGGCAUUUGGUACAACAUGGACAAAACAAUAUUGCACAUAUCAAAAAGAUAAAAAAGAAUUUACUAUGAUCCCUUACAAUCAGCUGACGGGAAAAUUUAGCAGCAAGGAGACCCUCACCCUAGCGUCUUGCAUACGACGAACAUCGGAUACUAUUGAAAAAAGAUUUUGCUUUGACAUCACAGCCAUCGAUAAACCUAAUGUAACAUAUACAUUCCAAGCACUUUCCGAGGAAGAUAGAAAAUUAUGGAUGGACGCUAUGGAUGGGAAGGAACCUACUUGUCCACGAUUAGGUUGUUCUGCAAAAUCUGAAGAAACAACGUUGGACGAAACUGGUUUUACUUUUGUAUCCAAGUGUAUUGCAGCACUCGAAGAUAGAGGACUUGAAGAACAAGGUUUAUACAGAGUAGUCGGUGUUGCUUCCAAAGUAAACAAACUCCUGUCUAUGGGACUUGAUAAGAGGAAAACAGACAAGCUCAAUUUAAACGAUCGUUUCGAAUGGGAGAGUAAAACUAUCACUAGUGCGCUCAAGACUUACUUGAGAACUUUGUCUGAGCCAUUAAUGACCUUCCGAUAUUACAACAGCUUCAUUACAGCUGCGAAACAGGAGAUGAAAGAAACUCGGAUAAAUGAUAUACACAUCCUCAUUUAUAGACUGCCUAAAGCAAACUUCAACAUGUUAAUCCUUCUUAUUACUCAUCUUUCCACUGUGGCAAAGAAAAGUGAUAAAAAUCUGAUGACCGUGGGGAAUUUAGCAGUAUGUUUCGGUCCGACUCUGCUACGACCGGAGGAGGAAACGGUAGCCUCUAUAAUGGACAUUAAGUUUUACAAUAUCGUUGUGGAAAUAUUGAUUGAGAAUUGCGAAAGAAUAAUAGCUGGACCACCUCAAGAUUCUUUGCGCGCACUACCAGCGCAAUCGGCGUUGCCAGCCGCUGUCCUCCCAAGUAAAUCACAAUGCGUGAAUGUGGAAAACGGUCCAGCUUCCUCCGGUAAUGGAACAGCAUAUUUAAGAUAUCCAUUACACAAUACGGUAACAGUUGCACCUACGUCGUCACACGCGCACCUUGUUACAAGAUCCUAUUACGAUGGUCAGCCUAUAGGAGUCAUUAAUAAAUCGUCUAUCGUCGAUGAAAGGAAUAACGGAGAUUACGAUGAUCUCGAAAGUACGAGUCAUCGUAUACCAUCGUAUCUCGACAGUCGUAGCAGUUGUGUCGGUAGCGGCGGCCGUAUGAAAUUGACUAAUGCCAACCUCAUGUAUCAUUCAGCCGACAAAGUUCUGAGCGGCGGUAAUACGAGCAGUUCUAGCGAAUCGAUCGCAUCGGAUCCUCAUCCAUUUACGAGUGAGUUACCGAUAAAACAAAAACGUGGUGCCAUGAUAUCCGUGCAUUAUCCCACGGCUUAUCCACAACGUAGUAACUCGUCAUCGAUAUGCCCAAUUAACACUUCACCCAGUAGUGGACGUUCGAGUCCCGGUCAAGUGCCAGGUAUUUGGAGAGUACGAACUUUGUAUGCGUGUAUGGCGGAAAAUGAUGGUGAACUAUCGUUUGAACCAAAUCAAAUUAUCACUAAUGUUAAGGCCUCUUUGGAGCCGGGUUGGCUGGAAGGCACGUUGAAUGGUAAAACAGGCUUAGUGCCGAAAAAUUAUGUCGAGCAGUUGCCCUAAGUAUUAAACAAGAAAACCAAAAAGAGUCUAAGAAAAGGCAUUGCCAUUAUUACGAAACAUAUUUUUAAGAUAUCAUGUAAGAAAAAUUUAUAAAAGCUAGGCAGCAUGACAAACACUCGUGUUGUGAGCUUUUGUACUAUUUCCUUUGGCUACACACUGCUUAGUCAAUUAUAUAUAUAUUCAUAUUCAUAUACAAGCGUUAUUUAUUAGAAGCCAUAUUUUGCUCUAUAUAUUUAAACUGUAUAUAUAAUCACUUGGUUAAGAAGAGUGAUAUAUAUGUGCAUAUAUAUUAAGGACUAUAUAGAAUUAAUAUAUCUGACGUAUUUGAGUACACAUUUAUACUAACAAAUAUUCCCAAUAUUCAGAGAUUCCAUGGAGCUUGUAGAUUUUAAAAGCAAUAACCAUUUAUUUAUAUCAUUGUAUUAUAAUAUAAUAAAAUAUACAAUGCGAUAUUGAAUACCAAAUA